GGUGAUGCAAGGGGGCGUGCCGAGCCCGAGGGAGGGGUCGCCCUGCGGGUAGCCGGAGGCCGGGGAGGCUCUAGAGCCUAGGGUGAGAGAGGGAGCGAAAGGUGAGCAGAGUCGAAGGAGGGGACGCGCUGCGGGGCUCCCCCAGUCUAUGGAGCGGGGUAAGAUGGCGGAGGCGGAGAGCCUGGAGACAGCCGCGGAGCACGAGCGGAUCCUGCGAGAGAUCGAGAGCACCGACACGGCCUGCAUCGGGCCCACCCUCAGGUCUGUCUAUGAUGGUGAGGAACAUGGACGAUUCAUGGAGAAGCUUGAAACUCGCAUCCGCAAUCAUGACCGGGAAAUUGAGAAAAUGUGCAACUUUCAUUACCAAGGCUUUGUGGAUUCUAUAACUGAACUGCUGAAAGUGAGAGGGGAAGCUCAGAAACUCAAAAAUCAAGUGACGGAUACUAAUAGAAAACUGCAACAUGAGGGAAAGGAACUGGUAAUAGCAAUGGAAGAGCUGAAGCAGUGUCGACUACAACAGAGAAAUAUUUCAGCCACUGUUGAUAAGUUAAUGCUGUGUCUUCCAGUCCUGGAGAUGUAUAGUAAACUGAGGGACCAGAUGAAAACUAAAAGGCAUUAUCCUGCACUGAAAACUCUGGAACAUUUAGAGCAUACCUAUCUGCCUCAAGUAAGCCACUAUCGAUUCUGCAAGGUGAUGGUGGACAACAUCCCCAAGCUUCGAGAAGAAAUUAAGGAUGUUUCUAUGUCUGAUCUCAAAGACUUUCUGGAGAGUAUCCGCAAACAUUCAGACAAAAUUGGAGAGACUGCCAUGAAGCAAGCUCAACAACAAAGAAACCUGGAUAACAUCGUCUUGCAACAACCCAGAAUAGGUAGCAGGAGAAAAUCUAAAAAAGAUGUAUACACAAUUUUUGAUACAGAGAUAGAAAGCACUAGCCCCAAGUCUGAACAGGAUUCAGGAAUUCUGGAUGUUGAAGAUGAGGAAGAUGAUGAAGAGGUACCUGGAGCCCAGGAUUUGGUGGAUUUCUCUCCUGUUUAUCGAUGUCUACACAUUUAUUCUGUCCUGGGUGCCCGGGAAACAUUUGAGAACUACUACCGAAAACAGAGGCGAAAACAGGCCCGCUUGGUGCUCCAGCCUCCAUCUAACAUGCAUGAAACUUUAGAUGGCUACAGGAAGUAUUUUAAUCAAAUUGUAGGUUUUUUUGUGGUUGAAGAUCACAUUUUACAUACAACCCAGGGCUUAGUGAAUAGAGCCUACAUUGAUGAACUUUGGGAAAUGGCACUUUCAAAAACCAUCGCGGCACUCCGCACCCACUCGUCUUACUGCUCUGAUCCAAACCUCGUGUUGGAUUUGAAGAACCUCAUUGUGCUUUUUGCUGACACACUUCAGGUGUAUGGUUUUCCUGUAAAUCAGCUUUUUGACAUGCUGUUGGAAAUCAGAGAUCAGUACAGUGAAACUCUGCUAAAGAAGUGGGCAGGUAUCUUCAGAAACAUACUUGAUUCUGACAACUACAGUCCUAUACCAGUAACAAGUGAAGACAUGUAUAAAAAGGUGGUAGGACAGUUCCCAUUCCAAGAUACAGAGCUGGAAAAGCAACCAUUUCCAAAAAAGUUUCCUUUCUCUGAAUUUGUGCCAAAAGUUUACAACCAAAUUAAAGAAUUUAUUUAUGCCUGCCUGAAGUUUUCGGAAGAUCUUCACCUAAGCUCCACUGAAGUCGAUGACAUGAUUCGCAAAUCUACAAACCUGUUGCUAACCAGGACUCUGAGCAACUCCCUGCAGAAUGUCAUUAAAAGGAAGAAUAUUGGACUUACUGAGCUUGUCCAGAUUAUCAUCAAUACAACGCACUUGGAGAAAUCCUGUAAGUACUUGGAAGAAUUCAUCACCAACAUCACUAAUGUGCUUCCAGAGACCGUCCACACCACCAAGCUCUACGGCACCACAACCUUUAAGGAUGCCAGACAUGCAGCUGAAGAAGAAAUUUAUACCAACUUAAACCAGAAGAUCGACCAGUUUCUACAGCUGGCCGACUAUGACUGGAUGACUGGAGAUUUGGGCAACAAAGCUAGUGAUUACCUAGUAGACCUCAUUGCCUUUCUACGAAGCACUUUUGCGGUAUUCACACACCUUCCUGGAAAGGUGGCCCAGACGGCGUGUAUGUCAGCUUGCAAGCAUUUAGCCACAUCCUUGAUGCAGCUCUUGCUGGAAGCUGAAGUAAGACAGCUCACCCUGGGAGCACUACAGCAGUUCAAUUUGGAUGUCAGAGAAUGUGAACAGUUUGCCAGAUCCGGCCCGGUGCCUGGGUUCCAGGAGGACACGCUGCAGUUGGCCUUCAUCGACUUGAGACAACUUUUGGAUCUCUUCAUCCAGUGGGACUGGUCGACCUACCUUGCUGACUAUGGUCAGCCCAACUGCAAGUACUUGCGAGUGAACCCAGUGACAGCUCUGACCCUGCUUGAGAAGAUAUCUAGAGAGAUGAGGGACACCAGCCGCAAGAACAACAUGUUUGCACAGUUCCGGAAAAAUGAGCGAGACAAGCAGAAAUUGAUUGACACUGUGGCCAAGCAGCUCCGGGGACUCAUCAGCAGCCACCACUCAUGAAAGUUAACCUCAGGCCUGCAGAGGCUGCUCACGUCAGCCCCAGAGGCCGGGACCCAGGCCCGGCUGGCCCUGCCUUGUGCAUUCUUCUUCAAAGAGAGCAAAUGUAUUUUUUUAAUAACCUGUGUACAGUAUUCGCGUAACCUUUCCCUAUAGUAAAAGAGGCACAAGAAAAAGCAAGUAUAUGAGGUGUUGCUAGGCUGGGACUCUGGGGAAGUCAUACUGUACUCUGUAGCGGCCUAGAGAUGGUGGUGUCACCAGUCCCAGGACGAUGAACCACAUUUCAUUGCUGCCCUAGAACCUUGGUCUGGGGCUCAGGAAUGACACAGACGUAAUGGGUCCUUGGUCCUGGGAGGUAAGGUGAGUAGGCAAAAAUAUAACAAAGUAUAUCCUGUUCGUUCCCAGCACCCCAUUCACCACGCAGGGGAGGUUGGUCCUUCCUGAUGCAAGGAGAGGACCUGGAAAACGUUACUGUUUAGUGUAUGAAAGACCAGCACACAUGAAGGACCAGCACACACGGUUCUGGAAGUUCGUAUCUCCCCAGUCCACCAAUGUUCAUCAGCAGGGGGACAAGCAUGGCGUGUGGCCAGAGGACAGCUUCACUCCAGUCCCCUGAGAGUGGCCAUUUCUUCAGCCCAGAUCUGACCCAGUGCUUUUAUUGCUGACUUUUCUGGGACAAGAUAGAGCUGAGUAUACAGUGGUGAUAAUUGGACCCCAUGACUAACCGCAGGUUGCUCCACACCAGGAAGUGUUUUAUUAGCUCUAGAAAGCCAGUGUGAAUGGAAUCAGAGCCUCGGUCCCUUCCCUGUUCAUCUCAUCGUCUUCUUUCAGGGUCAAGGCACUGGAUUCAGAGCAGAGAUCAGCAGUUACUUCCAUAGAUCUUCACAGAGAGUCUCAAACUUGACCUUCUUCAGUAGUGUCAUUGGGUUUGGUCAGAUUCUAGAAGCCUGAAAAUGGACCUUCCUUAACCCUUCAGUAAAACCUGAAGGUUACUGGGGAGUGCCCCUUGUGAUUGAAAACCAGCUCUCUGGCCACCAUCUUUACAAGAAACAUUAUCAGCUCUGUACUGUGGCGGCAGCCGCAGCUGGACAGCAUGCCUGUUGGGAUGGAACCAUUGUCUCCAUGAAGCAGACGGGGCCAGUCGUGGCUAGUAGUUUCUCACCUUUGGCCCAGCGGUCCGUUACUAAGUCAUAUCCUUGAUGUGAAGCUCUUCUUACUCAAGCCCAAGCCUUUUGUCCUCUCCUGAGACCCCCAUAGCCAUCUUUUGGCCUCAUCUGAGAAAGGUUGUCUAUAAUCCCAUCUCGCACAUUCUGGAGUGUGCCAAGGGAGCCUGAACUAGCUAGCUGGGAGGCUGUGUCCGCUGUCGCAGAUGGGCUCCCGACACCUGGCGCAAGGGCUUUGCUGUGAGGUCAGCCCGAGGAACCUGCACUCUAAGACUCUUUGGGAAGGUGCUCCUGUGGCUACCGGCAAAUGUGUAAUUGUGCAUCACCAAACAAUGACAAGUAAGCCACACAGGCAUUUCCAGCUUGGAUUAGUGGGAGGAGAGACUCAUCAAACAGAAUUCUUCACUACCUUUGCCAGCUACUUAGCUGCUUCUGGGGAGAGCAAUGCUUCCUUUUUCAUUCCCCACCCCAAUCCCCCCAGAACCCCAUCCCAACUUGCAAACGAAGGGGAAGAGAUUACACACCAUAGACAUGAGCCUUCCUCAAAGCUGGAGAGGCCAGGCUGCAUGGCCGCUCUAGAGAAGCUUUCUAAGGCUUACCUUGAGGCCUCAGUGCUUGGCCCAGGGUCUCAGGAGGAGGGUCAGGGAUGAAUGCUGCCACCCAGAAUUGCAAAAGGCAAGGGAAAGUGGGGGGCCAUGGGAAUGAGAUCCCAGAUGCCAUCACCCAAGCCCUGGGUUCGACUGAAAGAGAGCAAGAAAUGAUUACAGUAAUCUAAAGUCCUGUUGCUUAAGAAGGGCCCAACACAUACUCCUUCACUAGUCUCCCAUCUGCAGCAAGAUCCUUUCAGAUGGAUCUUGGGACAUGGGACAUGGGACAGAGAGAACCUUAAGCAUGUCAGAGAUUUUGUCUUCUCUGAGUCAUCAUUGCUGGGCUGGUCUCAAGCCCAUACCCUGGAAAGACUGCUGUAGAGGAAAAGCAGACAGGGGAGCAGAAUGGGGCUUCCUCUGCACCUCAUUCACGACCUUCCUCUAAAGAAAACACUUAGCCUGCUCAAGACUCUUAGGAGAGGACCCUUUGGUGGCGCUCUUUCCUCUUGGUCUGUCUUCAGUCUUCUCUGACGAAACCAACAUGCUGCUACUGAGUUGUGUCUAGAGACACACUCUGGUUGGGCAAGGGAAGGUCAAAAAACAGGGACCGGCAAUGUCUAAGUUGUUUGAAUUGGCGAAGUCGGAUUUUUGAGUCUGAUCUCCAGGCCUCUAGCUGGGCCAGGCCUUGAGAGGACUUGUGCACAUGGGGCCAUGCCAUGCCCUUCAGACUCCUAAGACCCGGCCUCGGGUGCCCAGAGAUAUGGAAGUGCCCCAGCAGGCCCCAGUAGCAGAGCAAGAGCAGCGGUGGCUACAAGCCUACAGUCUGGGGUUGGCGUGACUCUUAGCCAAGUUCUUGGGGAAACCAGGUCCAUGUUUCUAAAGGGACCUUCUGGGUUGGGACUCUCAUAGGUUUCAGUAAUAGUGUAGGCAGCUCGUAUAGUUUGGACAUUCACAGGAAAUCUCUUGGGACUGUGAUUGAAGCUAUUGGGGGGUAGAAAUUGGAACCAGCGGAAUCCCUGUUGACAAAAGGAUUGUCCAGCUUCCAAGGAGUGCUGCCACUGUUUUCAUCGCAUACCAGGCCUAGUGGUCUCUUGGCCUCAAAGCCAGCCUAGCUCCAUCGCAUACCUGACAAGGGUCUGCUCAGCAAGCCCCAGACCCAGGGCUCUCCUAUCCCCAAGAUCGGCAAUGGCCAUGACCUCCCUCAUAAAGCCUCUCCACACUCCCUGGGGCCUGCUACGGAGCGCCCCUCCCGUCGCCUCCCAUCUCCCAGGACUCUGCUCCUGGCUGUUUCAACUGCCUCUUUUUUUUUUCUUUUUCUUUUCCUUUGCUUGCGUUCGUAAUUACUUUUCACUAAUGUGUUGGAAAUAGUGUUUUUAUUUUGCACAAAUAGUUACACAUUUAUGGAGGAAAUUUAGGAGAGUCCAUUUUUAACUCUAAAGGGAACUUUUUUUUUUUUUUCUUGAAGACUCACUCCUAAAGCUACCAAUGCAGACGGGCCUCGUGGUUCUUGGGAGCCUCCCCUGUGGAAAGAGCAUGUUGAUCCCUCCUGUACAUUUUUCUGUCUUAACUGCUAUUAAACAAAGGGAGCCUAUGUACCUGUUUCAAAAGCCA